AAUAAAAAACAUUUUUUUUAAAUUCAUAUUUAUUUAUUUCCCUCAACUUGAUGUUGCCCAUCAUCCUUCGUGUUGCCCAUCAUCCUUAGUGAAGCUCUUGGUCACAAAUAUCUUGGAUCACAACUUGACCACCUAUGUGGGUCUGAAAAUCUCCCCCAAAAGUUACACGCUUGUAAUAAGCCCCUGUGGAUAUUUUAUUAAUAAUCUACAUAUCUACAUAAAUGUCAUUAUUUAACGAUAUCUAUGCGGAAUCUUUAUCAGUUUCAUUUCCGGUUAACUUAUAAAACAUUUACAUUCUAUAGCUAACUCCUGAAGAGAACUAACACGGUUGCAGAAAUGUACGAAUGGACAAGCGCAAUUCGAAAUAGCAUCAUUCCGCCCAAUCAGCGAAGUGCUUUUAAUUAUUCAGAAAAUGAACCAAUCGUAGGACGACUUCUAGGGACGGGCAAAGCAGCGUGAGGCAGGCCAAUGCGUGGGCGUGAUCACGUUCUAACCAAUGAGCCGGCAAAGUUGAUGUUUAAACUGUUGCGCGCGGGCGGUGCUAAUCGCUUUAGGGGAGGAUCCACAACUUAACUGUGUGUGUGCGCGAAGUUAAACAGUACAAGUCUCUCGUUAAUGCUCAGUCUCCAACAAGUAGCACCAAAAAUUAAUUAAAAUCACUAUAAACGGUACAGUUUUAAUAGUGAUUCCCUUUGCGGAGUGUUGUUUGUGGCAGCGGAUCGAUCUUGUCUUGAAAUGAAAGCGGGCGUGUUACAUUGUCGAUGCCAUAAAUGUUCCUCGGUGCCUGCGAGGAAGCGGGUCCGAAAGCAGGUUUCCUCUCUGGGCCUCCUGUCUCUACCUGAAGAGGUGCUGCUUUGUGUCCUCCAGUAUCUCUCCGCCGAAGACCUGCUCGCCGUCAGAGCCGUGCACUCGCAUCUCCAUAAUAUUGUCGACAACAACUCGAGCAUUUGGGCUCGGGUCAGCUUCAAGGACCGCUGGCCAGCUCCGGACACUGUCUGGCUCUUUGCGAGGGCUGCAGAGAAAGGAAAUUUUGAGGCUGCAGUAAAACUAGGAAUUGCGUAUUUGUACAACGAAGGACCAUCACUCAGCGAUGAGGGCCGGGCUGAUCAUUGUGGGAAGAUGGCCGCCAGAUUCUUCACCCUGGCCGAGCGUGCACGCUCGCCGCUGGCCGAUCCCUUCAUCUGGCUCUUUAUCCGGCCACCAUGGUCUCCCUCUGGGAGCUGCUGCAAGGCCGUGGUGUACGAGCAUCUAAAAGCAGAGUGCGAGAGCAACUUGGGGAGGAGAGGAGCACUACUGCAUUGCCUGGCUAGAGUCCUUGAGCUGUCUGACGAUGAGGAGACACGCUCGGAAGCUCUUGCCAUGUUGGACGAGUCGUCAUGCUGCGGCAACGUGCAGAGCUCAUACCUCCUGUGGGAGAAAAAUCGUCACACGGCUAUUGCCGACCCCGGAAGGUAUCUGCAGUGUGUGCGCACGCUCCGGGAUUAUGCCGCCAAGGGCUGCUGGGAAGCUCAGUUGUCUUUAGCAAAGUCGUGUGCCAGCGGCAAUCCUCUGGGUCUGGAGCCUCGGGCCUGUGCCGACCUGGUGGCUCAACUCUUUGUUUCCUGUCCAUCACCUCCACGACGCUCUGACAGCCCACACAAAGAGGGCAUCAAUGACACCAUGAGGUACAUCCUGGUGGACUGGUUGGUGGAGGUAGCCACCAUGAAGGAUUUCUCCAGCCUGGCGCUGCAUGUGACUGUGGGCUGUGUGGACCGCUACCUGGCCCAAUGCUCCGUGCCCAAGGCUAGGUUACAGCUUCUGGGUAUUGCUUGCAUGGUUAUCUGCACAAGGUAUAUCAGUAAAGAAAUUCUGACCAUUCGAGAGGCUGUGUGGCUCACCGAUAACACGUAUCAGUACGAGGACCUGGUCAGGAUGAUGGGGGAGGUCAUCUCUGUGCUGGAUGGGAAGAUCCGAACUCCCACUCUGCUGGACUAUGGUGAGGUACUGCAGUCUCUACUGCCCAUGCAGCGCCGCACUGCUCAUCUCUUCAGCUACAUCUGUGAGCUGUCUCUGCUCUUCUCCCCCCUCACGAUACCUGCUCCUGCUCACCUCGCCAGUGCCACCCUGCUGCUCACCCGAGCACUGCACAACUACAGUCCUGUAUGGCCGAGUCAGCUGGUGGAGAGCACAGGCUUUACUAAACAGGACCUAGUGCCCUGUGCUUUGCUGAUCUAUAUCAAGUGCUUCAGCCAGGAUGUGCCAAAAGAUUACAGACAAGUGUCCUUAACUGGUGUUAAGCAGAGAUUUGAAAGUGACUCCUUCCAACAUAUAAGCAAAGACACUGUAAUGGACUUUAAAGAACUGUGUCAGGUGCUGGAGGUUCCAGAGGUGGAGCCCCAAAUUGAGCAUUCUAGUGCGAACAACCAAUCGGCAGACAUCCACACAUUCCUGUCUUCUCCAUCCAGCAACAGCAAGAGGAGAGAGGAUAGCAUGCAUACCCAUCGAGGCAGCUUUGUGGCCACUCCCACAGCUGAGCUAUCCAAUCAAGAGGAAACCCUUGUGGGUGACAUCCUAGACUGGAGCCUUGAUGCUUCCUGCUCAGGCUAUGAGGGAGAUCAGGACAGUGAUGGAGAGAAAGAGUGUGAAGUCUCUGUCUUCUCAGUCCAGCUACCACUGUGUGUGCAGUCUACUGAUGUCCUGCUGCACUGCAGUGCUCUUUCUAGUGAUGAGGACAGUGUGAGUGAGCCUUCUGCCUCCUGCGCUUCCUUUUCCUCCAAACGCCCUCUCCGUAUCAACCUCCACAGCUCAGGGUACUCUUCUGUCCAGAGCAGCAGUCCUUCCACUGCCUCUUCUUCCUCCCUGGUGCCCUGCCAUCUCUCCCCAGUCAGCCUGGCACCAGCGUCAGUGCCCGCCUCACCCGGCUUCCGUCUACUGGUGCCCAUGCAGAGACCCUGUGGCUCCACCCACCGGCAGGUGAAGAGGAAGAACACUGCAGCCCACAGUGGUGGAGAGAUGGAGAUGGAAAGAGAAGACUCUGAGAUCUCGGCCGACGAACAAGCUUUCCUCAGCUUGUGACGGAACAGUUGGCUCCAGCAGUCGUGUUUGAGAUUAAUGGUACCACUGUAACAUCAGUGUCUUCUGAGAAGCAAUCAAAUGGCAGCUUUUCAAAUCUUGUACAAAUCAUCGACUAUGUGCUUCUAAGGAAUCGCCAAAACAUACAUGGCUAAUAAUCAAUAAGAGUUCACUGGGGACGAGUUAACAUUAUGCAAAUAAAAGUUUGCUAACUGGCUUUACCAGCUUUCAUUCAAUGUUAGCUGUUCGUAUAUUUGGAUAAUGCGUCCAAUUAAGAGAAAGAGGGGAAGAACAACACUGAUGGGCCUGCUUGGAUCCUGUCUGCUUCACCAUGUCGUGGUGAAUUAUAUGUAGAAGACUUUGGGAACACCUCCUCUAAAGGUUAACUUGACGAUUCAUUUCCCAACAACUAAACCACUGGAAUUCUUGAAAAAGGUCUGCUUGUGAACCUGUGUGUCUCUGUGAGACCUGAGCCAACCGAGCAGACUAUUGCAACAACCUCAUUUCAUCCACCAGAGAAAAUCAAAGACCAUCUCAGAAUUUACAUUCAUAUGG